GAGGCAGCGGCGGUACGUCUGGGCAGUGCUGGGGAUGGCGAUGGCGAUGGUGGUGGUGGAGCUGCUGCUGCUGCUGAAACGGUACUUGGCAGCAACAGCAGCAGCAGUGCGGGUGGCUACGGUGGCGGUGGUUACGGCAGCAGUGGGGGUUACGGCAGCAUCAGCGGCGGGCUGCUGAGCGAGGGGCAGUUGGAGGCGUGCGUGUGCGGGCUGGUGCAGAUGGGAGCUGCUGAGCUGCCGCCGCAGCUGCUGCAGGCUUUUUUCUCCGUCACGUUACCCUCCUUGGGCGGCGCCUCCCCACAACGCAUUACCUCUCUGGUUUCGGCGCUUGCGGGAGCCAAGCCGCCAAUAGCCCCGGAACCCACAUGGCUAAAUGAGGUCGUGCAUGCCGUACGCAGCAACCUCCAGUCGUACACUCUCGUACAGCUGGAUGCAAUCACACGUGCAUUGGCGGUGUUUGUGGGUUUGGUUCCGGAGCAUGAGGCCGCUCGCAACCUGUUGGCUUAUCUUCGUGAAUUCUGUUUGUACGGUUAGGCUAGAAAGGCGAUACCAGAAAUCUUGACUUUGUGUCCAAUGAAGGUAUUGUCUGCACGUGAGGCGUUGACCUACCACGUUUUUUAUGCGCACGUUUACGGUUUAUGAGCUAUUGCAGCACGC